GGUAUUGAAAGAAUUACAUUUUAGUGCUGUUCGUUACGGGAUUUCUGCAGCACAUUUCUUUGUUUUUCUGCCAAGCCAAAGAAGUUUUGUUUCAGAUUCCUAAGCCCCUAUGGAAAUGAGAUCCAUAAGUAUGUUCGGAUUCUUGCAUUUGAGUGCUGGUAAUACUUGGAAUUGGUUUCCUACUAGAAGAGAACAUUUUGAUAUUCCUUGGGUGUAGCUAACUUGCCAAUUCCACGGACCCAUUAGCAUGUUGGGCAAUAAGGUGAAGCUGCUUUGCAGCUUUGGUGGUAACAUCUUUUGUCAUCCCUCCAAUGGGAGGGUUCUCUAUACUGGCGGAAAUACCCGCAUGGUUCUCACGGAUCGUAAUGUGAAUUAUGCUACCCUCUUGUUGAAAAUGUCCGAGAUUUGCAAAUCUUCGCCUAGCUGCAUCAAAGUGAAAUUCCAGUUUCCUGGAACAACUCUAGAAUCACCUCUCAUAUCCGUCGAAUGUGAUGAUGAUGUAAGCAAUAUGAUGGAUGAAGCCGACAGCAGCAACAAGAUUUUUAUCUUCCUAUUCAUCGAGGAAGGCGAUGCACCUAUCUCAACCACACGAGACGAUACUACUUUAACCCAUGCCCAAGCAUCCACUGAUAGCAUGAGUGGACCGAGUACAUUGCAACACCCAACCGCUCAAGAGUUACCAAAUGUCCAGAGUUCGGGUACUACAUUACCUGGAUGGGAAGCUACUCUUGUGGCUAGCGAAACAGUUGACAACUGCGAGAGUGGUCUAAGCACGCCUGUGGUUAGAAGGGAUGAAAUUUUCACAGUUGGUCAAGCAUUUCCUGAUGCCAAGAGUUUCAGCCAUGCAUUGAAGGAGUAUGCCCUUGCUAAUAAUGUCGCACUCCGGUUCGUUGCUGUUACUCCAGAGCGCAUCACAGCAAAGUGCCGUUCUGACGAUUGUUCUUGGCGUAUUCAUGGAUCUCAGCUCCGGCGAGAUCUGAAUGUAUUUAAGGUGAAAACCUUGCGUGCCAAGCAUUCUUGCAGCAGGCAUACUCUCAAUGCUCAUCCACAAGCAAAUGCGGAGUGGACUGCUAGCUGCAUUGAGGCACGGGUACGAGAGAAUGUGGAUUACAAACCUAUGGACAUAGUGAAAGACAUUGAACGAGAACAUGGAAUCAAAAUAAAUUAUAUGACAGCUUUCCGGGCGAAGCGGAAGGCCAUGGAACAGAUCUAUGGCUCUGAUGAAAGUAUGAUGGAGUUGAUCAAAACCCGCCGAUUGCCUGGGCGGCCGAAAAAGGCUCACAUUGAGAAACCCAGAGAAGUCUUUCCCUUGCAUUGUGGCCGUUGCAAUCAGAUCGGACACAACAGGAAGACUUGCAAAAUUCCACUGUAGGUUGUUGUUUGUCGUGAAAGUGGUUCUCUCUUUUCUUCUUUUGUGUCGUCAAGAUGUAUGUAGACUUCUGUUGGACCUGAAGAAAAAGAUUACUAGGCUCAAUUAGCACUGAGGGCUAGGGUUCGAGUGGAACUUGUAUGUGUAUGAAGGUGGGACGGUGUCGGAGUGUUUCACCUUGUGUUCAUGAGUCCCUUUUGAAGACCACCUUCAAUGUCCAAUCUGCUGCAGCAGCAGCCUAGGCUCAAACCAUCUACUCCAAACGUCCUUUGCUUUGGUCUCAUUUUUUCCCCUCAUUACUUUUAAGGUCCAUCCCAUUUUUCACACAUCUCUUGCCAACGCUUGCAUUGCAUGCAUGCAUCUUGUAAUUCUCAAAACUCAAUUUUAAACUCUGUAUUUUGGGAAAAAAAAAAAAAACUUGUAUAAUCCUGUGUGUUUAAAACUCGCUAAUAUUUUAGAAGAGAAAAGAAGUUUUUUUAAAAAAACUUUGUUAAACUUGUUCCUUUUAAUUCAUUUUGUUUAGAAAUUUUUUGAGCAUGAUUUAAUGACCACUUGGUCAUUGUCAUCUGUUCAUAGAAUAGAGUGGAAGGUAGAAAAUUUUUACUGCAGAUGGAACAACUUGUAUUGAGAUCACUUGAAAAGGAAGGAUUUGCAAGAGGCAAAGACCAAUGUUAACCCAC